AUGACCACAGCGAACUGCACUGGUCCAGAAUGCACCUAUGUGGGCCCAGACUCGGGGGCCACGCCCGGCCGCUGUACCCAAACCGCGGGCUAUAUCGCGAACGCCGAGAUCAACGAGAUCAUUGCCACCAAUCCCACCGUGCAGGUUCUCUUCGACAGUGGCAGCGAUUCCGACAUCAUCGUCUACAACGAGACGCAGUGGGUCGGAUACAUGACCAACAUCACCAAGAGCACACGGACCACCUACUACCAGGGUUUGAACAUGGGUGGUACGACCGAGUGGGCGAUCGACCUCGAGGCCUUUGUCACCUCUCCCACCGACGCCACAGCCUUUGGGGAGUACCUCAUCGAACUCAAGGCCGAGGUAGACGAUGAUGAAACUGAGUUCAUCUCCACGAACCUGACUUGCUCCGACCCCAGCACCAGCGAGAGUAGCCUGCAAGCCAGUGAGGAACGAGGGGUGGCUGCGUAUAUCAACUGGCUGGUGGAGGAUAGUCUGAAGUCGCCGACCGAAUGGACUCGUCAGAUGUUCAAGAGCACAGGAGCGGGGUCCACUCAGUGUGACCUUUAUCCUGACGGAGAAUGCCCCUUCCCCACAGGAUUUUGCUCGGACUACAAUGUGUCGGCAGAGUACUGGGCUGAGUUCGUGGUGGCUAACGCGCACCAGUAUAUCACUGAAAUCGGGACCCUGUUCGACUUUGCGACGCAGAACGAGUCGCUGAGCAUCGACGCCAUCGUGGACGAUUUUCCGGUCAAAUCGGGCGCCACAGUGCCCGACUGGGCAACAAUUCUUACCAACGUCGGUGGUGUCAUGGGCAUUCUGGGGAGCGCCAUCCCGGCGCUGGACGCGGAAACAGACACGGCAUCGACGAUUAUGGGGACGCUGAGUGGGAUCUACUCACUGGCGGGCUCCGACGUCUCCAGCGCCGACGCGACAGACGCGGAGACCAUCACGCUGGAGGCAGCGGUCCAAACACUUUACAGUACCAUGUACGAGAGCGUGGUCAACACGACAAUUAGGCUCUUUGAAACGGGCGACAUCUCUAUUUGGCCUUCAGACCUGCGCUCGGGCGACUACACCUUCGAAGUCGCCAAUUUUUUUAAUGGGCGAUACAUGUUCGAGCUCACGGGCACGCAGGCGUCUAACAUGGAGUCGAUCUUCAACGGCUACGGAGCGUACUCAACGAGCAAGUGUUCAUCGAUCACCAGCGGCACUGUCAUCGGCGACUACUGCUACACCCUUGAGUACCCCGGCGCCGGGUGGGAGCUGGUCAAGCAAAUCAUGACCGACCCGAUCAGCAGCGACGACCUAACCAAGCUGACUGACACCUACGGCAUCGACCUUGAGACCCUGUAUUCGAACUCCUACACCUGCCAGAACACCACGGGCACCUACGGCGGCGUCGUAGAAACUGACGUGCUGACUGCCUCGUCCACCGUGCCCACCUGCUUCUUCAACCUGCCCGUCUUUACGGUGGAGACCUCGGAUGAACCCACCAUCAACAAUUUUCUCUCCUCGCCCUGUCUCGUGUGGGACCGCAACACCACCGCCAAGACCGCCGAGCUGGGCGUCACCUGGAUGCCGAGCAACCUGGCCGAUGUGUUUGUCCGGGACUUCUGCGAGUGCAAUGCCUCGGGGAGGGAGUGCUCGGAGGUGUAA